CUCUGUGCAGUACCGGGAUCGUCCGCUGAGUUUGCGGGGGCAUUUGUUUCCUUUCAGCAGCGGGUUGGGGAUCCGCGCUGGGAGCAGCCGCGGCAGAGAGGGAUGCGCCGCUCCUCCUCCUCCUCCUCCUCCUCCUCCUCCGCAGCAACAGCAGCAGCAGCAGCAGCAGCGGCUCCUCCAGCUCCAGCAGCAGCACUGAUAAUAACAGAGCCAUGGCGCUCAACGUCCCCGGGGUGGCCGUCAUGAUGUUCUUCUACCUGCUCGUCCUCGGCAUCGGCAUCUGGGCGUCCGUCAAGUCCAAGCGGGAGGCGAAGAAGAUCCAGGGAGACAAGACGGAGAUGGCUCUGCUGGGGAACCGCGGCAUCAACCUGGUGGUCGGCAUCUUCACCAUGACAGCCACGUGGGUUGGAGGAGGAUUCAUCGUGGGCACAGCUGAGGCCGUGUACAAUCCCUCCAUGGGUCUGAUCUGGGCGGUGAUGCCCGUCGCCGCCACACUGUGCUUCGUGAUUGGUGGACUCUUCUUCGCCGAGCCGAUGAGAGACAACAAAUAUGUGACCAUGAUGGACCCCUUCCAGAUCAAAUAUGGGAAAGUCCCCGCAGCAGCUCUGUCUAUGGCUUCGCUCAUAUCAGAGAUUAUGUGGGUGACGGGAACGCUCAUCGGAUUAGGUGUGACCAUGAGCGUGAUUCUGGAUCUGUCGUACACCGUGAGCAUCUGGAUCUCUGCUGCCGUGGCCAUCACCUACACGCUGCUGGGCGGCCUCUACUCUGUGGCCUACACAGACAUCAUCCAGCUCAUCCUCAUUUUCAUCAGCCUGUGGCUGUGUGUUCCCUUUUCCAUGAUAAACCCAGCUGUCUUGGACAUCUCUGUGACGGCCUACAACAACACCUACCAGUCUCCCUGGGUCGGCUCUCUGGAGGCCGGCAGAGCCUGGAAGUGGAUUGAUAACUUUCUGCUUCUGGGUUUGGGGAACUUGGGUCUCCAGAAUUUCCACCAGAGGACCCUGUCCGCCUCGUCCUCCGCUACAGCCAAGAUAACCUGCUUCGCUGCUGCGUUCAUCGUUCCCACGUUAGGAAUUCCUCCCAUACUCCUCGGAGCAGCGGCCGCAUCAACGAACUGGAACCAAACCUCUUACGGUUCUCCGUCUCCUUUUGAGCGCGGGGAGACGGGCCUGGUCCUGCCGAUCGUCCUGCAGCACCUCACCCCCACCUACAUCUCCAUCAUCGGCAUCGGGGCGGUGGCCGCCGCUGUGAUGUCAUCGACUGACUCAGCGCUGCUGUCGGCAGCCUCCAUCUUCACCUCAAACAUCUACAAGAACAUCCUCCGGACACAGGCGUCGGACACGGAGAUCCAGUGGGUGAUCCGGGGCUCCGUGGUGGUGGUGGGUCUGGCCGGCACGUCCCUCACCUUCAUGGACAACAGCGUCCUGAUGAUCUGGAUGCUCCGCUCGGACCUCACCUACACCCUCAUGCUACCUCAGCUCGUGUGCGUGCUCUUCUUCAGCGUGUCCAACGGCUACGGGGCCGUGAUUGGCUGCGUGGUGGGCAUCCUGCUGCGGGUGCUGUGCGGGGAGCCGCUGCUCGGCCUCCCGGCCAUCAUCAAGUUCCCAGGAUGCACGCUGGAAAACGGCGUGUACGUGCAGCGCUCGCCCAUCAGGACCAUCUGCAUGCUCUCCGCCAUGGUGUCCAUCUUGUCCUUCUCAUACCUGGCUGCUUUGCUCUUCAACCGAGGCCUGAUUCCGGAAAAGUGGGACGUUUUUAACGUGAAAGCGCAAGAUUCAGCAAAAUUACAAGACGGCACCAAAUCUGACACCAAAAACCUUGAGAUGAAAGAUCAAAGCGAAGACAGUGAAGUGUGUGAGCCAAUGUUAGAAAUAACACUUUAGGUUUAAAAAAAAAAAACAACAGUAUUUAAAAUACAAUUUAAGCCAUUUAAACUGAUUCUGUUGGAAGUGAUGAGACGCUUUUAGUUCUUUCAGAGUACUUUGAGAUUUUGUAUACUUUUAUAAGCAUCAUGAAAGGAAAAUAACACAUAUAUGCUCUUUGGUAUAAGAGCCUUGCUUUCUUCUGCAAUUUUAUGCAGCAGUGAUAUUUUAAAACAGUAAGACAAUGAACCUCUGGAUAUGAAAGUAAGAAUACUCCACAGAAAGCAGACCAGAUGCCCGCAGUUUGUUUUUUUUUAAGUUUUUCAGAUGAAUUGUUGUUUUAACGGCUGAUGUUUGGUUAAAUACCAGCUCCGAGUCUCAGUAUUAUGUUCAUGGAACAAAAGACCGUAGUUUUACGACCAUUACUUAUGUUUUAAUUAUGACCCUUCUCAUCUUACCACACUCUCACUGCAGUCAGAUUACAGUAGACACCUAUCAGCCUGUUUAUGUAAUAAAAUGUUAUAUUUGGUUUGGGAAUAGCAGAUCCUAAGGACACAUGAGGAUCAACAGAAUCCAGCUGUCCCUGGUUUUUUGGUAACUUAGUACUCACGGUCCAAAAGACAUGAGCAUAAACACACCACUAACUUCAACCGUCUGGUGGCGCUUAAAUGUGAAAAAUAGCAAAACGGAGCAGAUUCUUGUUUCACCCUGGCAACGUUUACCAAAGUCUGGCCCCAUUUGAUUGUGCAAGAACACGGACAGGUGGUAAUGCUGAGAAAACAUACUGAUGAUGGAUAAUAAGGGUGAACAAACCAUAAAAACCUAUUCUAAAAAGGAUAAACUUCACAUGACAGCUUACUCCAUAUUUGGGAGUCAGAAUUGAGUAUAAAAUCAAGACCUCCGACGUAACCCAAACCUCUUGCUUUCUUUGGCUUUAAGCUGCAGAGGUCUGAAAUGAUGUCAUUCGGGGAGCCAUUCAGACUUUACGCUCCGGUGCAAACCCGGAUGAGAGUAAGAUCCCCGAAACUUUCCCAUCCCCGACCAGCUUUGAGACAUGCGUCAUAAACCGGUGGUGCAAAACGGAAGAACAGAUUCCUGAAGUGGCACAAAUCAUAAAGAGGACGGGGGUGGAGACGAGCCGGGGGUCGGACUCUCAACUUGUCAGAAUACCGUUUUUAAUAUAAACACUGUACUGUUUCUAUUGUAAACAGUACACUGUUUACAAUAUAUACUGACAAGUGGGUACUCUGAAAAAGGACACGGGUCCCGGCGUAAAAAAGUGUUGAAAUCUAAUAAUUAUUUAUGUAAGGCCCCACUAACUCAUGUGUCCUCAGGACUGUGUGGUGUGACGUUACAGACGUCCUUCUGGUGUCCCUGACGCUCUAAGUCGGUAAACAAUAUAUCAUUGUGGUAUUAGCGGCAUAUAGAUGACACGUUGCUCCUAAUUUUGUCUGUGUGCCAGCAGCUCUGGUGGAACAAUCGUCCUGCAGGACAGAGCAACAUCGCGCAGAGAUAAAGGUCUUCUAUAAUUAGACUAUACAAUCAAGUGCUGCCACAGAAAGGGCACUGCUGUGACUGCUUCCUGUGUCCUCUGACGGCCGGUGGCCGGCUUCCCAACGGGAAGAAUGCAGCAGCGGGGCAGCGAAGGCGCGCAUCUGUUGCUGUUUUUGUGAUUAGAAUUACCAUUAAACUAGAGGUUUAGGUCAAAUCUUCCAUUUAAGUAUCUAGCUGAGUUUUUUGAAAUUGUCUUUUUGUUUCCCCAUUCUAAGAAAUGUGAACAUGUAUCAGCAUUUACUCUGGAGUUAAUAAUGUAAAACUUUUCACAUUCAAACCUAUAAAAAAUCUGCAUUGAUGACUGAACUGAUUGAUUGAAACGUGGCAUGUGUGUCUUUCAUAAAACUACAUUCAGACCUCUGGAAA